CGCCCCGCGCCGCCAACUCGGACGCUCGCGCUCCCGGGCCCGAGGGGGCCCCAGCGCCGGCGGCCGCCAGCCGGCGUCGCCCGCCGCCCCCGCACCCUGGCAAACUUCGCCGCGGCCCCGCAGCUCGCCCGGGCCGGCCCGAACGCCGGCGCGGGGUCCGAUCCGGUCCCGAUCCCCACCCCCUCUCCCGCCCAUCCCACCCCGGGUCAGGGAGGCUGCGGCCGCCGGUACGCGGCCCCUACCGCCGGCCCCUGCCCGCUAGCCGGGGACCAACAGCGCGGCGGCGAGCGCGGAGCGAGCGGCGCGGGGAGGGGACGCCUGUCUGCAAAGUGCUGCUCCCUGGCGCUCAGAGGCGGCGGCUCGGGCUCCGAGGCUCAUUCAUUCCGCCGGGGAACAUGCGAGAUCAUGGCCGCCUUCGGGCUCCUGAGCUAUGAGCGGAGACCGCUGAAGCGCCCGCGCCUCGGGCCGCCAGACGUCUACCCGCAGGACCCCAAGCAGAAGGAGGAUGAACUGACGGCCGUGAACGUGAAGCAGGGGUUCAACAACCAGCCCGCCUUCACGGGCGACGAGCACGGCUCGGCCCGGAACAUCGUCAUCAACCCGUCCAAGAUUGGAGCUUAUUUUAGCAGCAUCUUAGCUGAGAAGCUGAAGCUGAACACCUUCCAGGACACCGGGAAGAAGAAGCCCCAGGUGAACGCGAAAGACAAUUACUGGCUGGUCACCGCCCGCUCGCAGAGCGCCAUCCACAGCUGGUUCUCGGACUUGGCCGGAAACAAGCCACUGGUUAUUCUGGCAAAAAAGGUGCCCAUCCUGAGCAAGAAGGAAGAUGUGUUCGUGUACUUGGCCCGGUACUCGGUGCCCGUGGUGCGGGCCACGUGGCUGAUCAAGAUGACCUGCGCCUACUACUCGGCCGUCUCCGAGGCCAAGCUCAAGAAGCGCCAGGCCAUCGACCCCAACCUGGAGUGGACCCAGAUCUCGACCAGGUACCUCCGGGAGCAGCUGGCCAAGAUCUCCGACUUCUACCACCGGGCGUCGAGCGCGGGCGACAGCCCCGUGCCGGUGCCGCUGGACGUGGAGCAGGCGCUGACGCAGUGGGAGUACAGCGAGAGGCUGGUCUUCCACAUGUUCCAGGAGGGGCUGCUGGAGAAGCACGAGUACCUGACGUGGAUCCUGGACGUGCUGGAGAAGGUCCGGCCGGCGGACGAGGAUCUCCUCAAGCUCCUGCUGCCCCUGAUGCUGCAGUACUCGGACGAGUUCGUGCAGUCGGCCUACCUGUCCCGCCGGCUGGCCUACUUCUGCACCCGGCGCCUGGCGCUGCUGCUGGGCGACAGUGCCGGCCUCCUGGCGGCGCCCGCGCCCCACGUGCUCCUGGGGCCCCCGAGCGCCAGCCCCGGGCCCUGCGUGAGCCCCGCCCAGCUGGCCUUCUCCGACUUCCUGGCGUGCGCGCAGCACGGGCCCCUGGUGCACGGGCUCAGCUGCAUGCUGCAGACGGUGACCCUCUGCUGCCCAAGUGCCUUGGUGUGGAACUACUCCACGAGUGACAGCAAGGGCGCCAGCCCCGGCUCCCCGCUGGACCUGCUGCAGGUGGCCCCGUCCGGCCUGCCCAUGCCCGGCGGGAACUCGCCCUUCAACCAGCAGGUCCGCGCCAGGAUCUACGAGGUGGAGCAGCAGAUCAAGCAGAGGGGCCGCGCCGUGGAGGUCCGGUGGUCUUUCGAUAAGUGCCAGGAGUCGACGGCAGGGGUGACCAUCAGCCGAGUCCUGCACACUCUGGACGUCCUGGACCGCCACUGUUUUGACCGGACGGACUCCAGCAACUCCAUGGAGACACUUUACCAUAAGAUCUUCUGGGCAAACCAAAACAAAGACAACCAGGAGGUGGCCCCCAACGACGAGGCGGUGGUGACCCUGCUGUGCGAGUGGGCCGUGAGCUGCAAGCGCUCAGGCAAGCACCGGGCCAUGGCCGUGGCCAGGCUGCUGGAGAAGCGGCAGGCGGAGAUCGAGGCCGAGAGAUGUGGCGAGUCCGAGGUCUUAGACGAGAAGGAAUCCAUCUCUUCAGCCUCGCUCGCUGGAUCUAGCCUGCCCGUUUUCCAGAAUGUCCUGCUGAGGUUUCUAGAUACGCAGGCCCCCUCACUGUCGGACCCCGACAGCGAGUGCGAGAAGGUGGAGUUUGUGAAUCUGGUGCUGCUCUUCUGCGAGUUCAUCCGCCACGACGUCUUCUCGCACGACGCCUACAUGUGCACCCUCAUAUCCCGGGGGGACCUGUCCGUCACCGCCUCCACACGGCCCAGGUCGCCGGCCGGAGACCACGUGGACGAGCAUUACCCUAAGGACCAUGAGGUGAAAAUGGAGGAUCCGGCCAUCGUGGCGCACAUGGGCCUGGACUCGGGCGCCGCCAGCGUCUUUGAGGAAGUGGACAAGGGCGACUUCAAAGCGGACUUCGGCUCGGAGUUUCCAAUGUUCUCGCCCAUGGCCGGAGAGCCCUGCGGGACGGUCAGCCCGGCCCUGGGCCGGCGGGUGUCGGUGAAGCGGGAGAAGCCCCGGGAGCUGAUCUUCCCGUCCAACUACGACCUCCUGCGGCACCUGCAGUACGCCACGCACUUCCCCAUCCCGCUGGACGAAUCUUCGAGCCACGAGUGCAACCAGCGCACUAUCCUCCUGUACGGCGUGGGCAAGGAGCGGGCGCGGGCGCGGCAGCAGCUGAAGAAGAUCACCAAAGAUAUCCUGAAGAUCCUGAACAAGAAGAGCAGCCCCGAGACGGCGGGAGACGAAGGCCAGAGGUCCAGGAGGAGCAAGCAGGAGGUCUUCCCCUCCCUGGAGGCGGUGUUCACCAAGCUGCAGCUUCUGUCCUACUUCGAUCAGCACCAGGUCACCUCCCAGAUAUCGAACAACGUGUUGGAACAGAUCACGAGCUUCGCGUCGGGCACGUCCUACCACCUGCCCCUGGCCCACCACGUCCAGCUCAUCUUCGACCUCAUGGAGCCGGCGCUCAACAUCGGCGGGCUCAUCGACUUCGCCAUCCAGCUGCUCAACGAGCUGAGCGUGGUGGAGGCGGAACUCCUCCUCAAGUCCUCCAGCCUGGCCGGCAGCUACACCACGGGGCUGUGCGUGUGCAUCGUGGCCGUGCUCCGGCGCUACCACAGCUGUCUCAUCCUGAAUCCCGAGCAGACGGCCCAGGUGUUCGAAGGGCUGUGUGGUGUGGUGAAGCACGUUGUGAACCCCUCAGAAUGUUCUUCCCCCGAAAGAUGCAUCUUAGCCUACCUCUAUGACCUCUACGUGUCCUGUAGCCACCUCAGAAGUAAAUUUGGAGACCUCUUCAGUAGUGCCUGUUCCAAAGUAAAGCAGACCAUCUAUAACAACGUGAUGCCUGCGAAUUCCAAUCUGCGGUGGGACCCAGACUUCAUGAUGGACUUUAUUGAGAACCCGUCGGCCCGGAGCAUCAACUACCUGGUGCUGGGCAAGAUCCUUAGUGACAACGCCGCCAACCGCUACAGCUUCGUCUGCAACACGCUCAUGAAUGUAUGUAUGGGCCACCAGGACGCCGGCAGGAUCAACGACAUAGCCAAUUUCUCGUCCGAGCUGACGGCCUGCUGCACGGUGCUUAGUUCCGAGUGGCUGGGCGUGCUCAAGGCCCUGUGCUGUUCCUCCAACCACGUGUGGGGGUUUAACGAUGUGCUUUGCACCGUGGAUGUGAGUGACCUUUCAUUCCAUGAUUCAUUAGCUACUUUCAUUGCUAUUCUGAUAGCACGACAGUGUUUCUCCCUGGAGGACGUCGUGCAGCACGUGGCUCUGCCCUCGCUCCUAGCCGCAGCUUGCGGAGACGCAGAUGCCGAGCCCGGGGCGAGGAUGACCUGCCGCCUCCUGCUCCACCUCUUCCACGCUCCCCAGGCCUGCUUGUUGCAUCAAGCCACGGGCAAACCCUUCCCGGGCAUCAGGUCCUCCUGCGACAGACACCUCCUGGCCGCGGCCCACAACGGCAUUGAGGUGGGAGCCGUGUUCGCCGUCCUGAAGGCCAUCAUGAUGCUCGGAGACGCCAAAAUUGGCACCAACAACGCGUUGAAGAAUGACGACUUCCCCGUGCGGGGCUUGAGGCGUGACGGGAACGCCGAGGAGCUGUGGGCAGCCUCGCAGGGCGCCAAGGCCUGCGGGAAGGGCGUCUCCAUGGAGACGGCCAACCUGAGGGAGUACGCCCGCUACGUGCUGAGGACCAUCUGCCAGCAGGAGUGGGUGGGCGAGCACUGCCUCCGGGAGCCCGAGCGGCUGUGCACGGACAAGGAGCUGAUCCUGGACCCGGUGCUGUCCAACAUGCAAGCCCAGAAGCUGCUGCAGCUCAUCUGCUACCCGCACGGCAUCAAGGAGUGCGCGGAGGGCGACAACGUGCAGAGGCAGCACAUCAAACGCAUCCUGCAGAACCUGGAGCAGUGGACGCUCAGGCAGUCCUGGCUGGAGCUGCAGCUGAUGAUCAAGCAGUGUCUGAAGGAGCCUGGCUCGGGCUCCGUGGCCGAAAUGAACAACCUCCUGGACAAUAUCGCCAAGGCCACGAUCGAGGUGUUCCAGCAGUCGGCCGACCUGAACGCUUCCGGGUCAGGCCUGGGCCUCUUCAACCCCUCUGGCCUCGGGGGCGCCGACGCGAGCAGCGCGAGACCCAACGGAAUCAAGACUUUCCUGAGUUCCUCUGAACGCAGGGGCGUGUGGCUCGUGGCCCCCCUCAUCGCCCGGCUGCCCACCUCCGUGCAGGGCCGCGUGCUGAAGGCCGCGGGGGAGGAGCUGGAGAAGGGGCAGCACCUGGGGUCCUCGUCCAAGAAGGAGCGGGACCGGCAGAAGCAGAAGAGCAUGUCCCUUCUGAGCCAGCAGCCCUUCCUCUCCCUGGUCCUGACCUGUCUCAAGGGGCAAGACGAGCAGCGGGAGGGUCUCCUGACGUCUCUGCAGAACCAGGUCAACCAGAUUCUCAGUAACUGGCGAGAAGAGCGGUACCAGGACGACACCAAAGCCCGGCAGAUGAUGCACGAGGCACUGCAGCUCCGCCUGAACUUGGUGGGAGGGAUGUUCGACACCGUCCAGAGGAGUAGCCAGUGGACCACGGACUGGGCCCUGCUGCUGCUGCAGAUCAUCACGUCCGGCACCGUGGACAUGCACACCAACAACGAGCUCUUCACCACCGUCCUGGACAUGCUGGGUGUCCUCAUCAACGGCACACUGGCCUCGGACCUGCCCAGCGCCUCCCCGGGGGGCUCCGAGGAGAACAAGCGCGCCUACAUGAACCUCGUCAAGAAGCUCAAGAAGGAGCUGGGGGACAAGCGCUCAGAGAGCAUCGACAAGGUGCGCCAGCUGCUCCCGCUGCCCAAGCAGACGUGUGACAUCAUCACGUGUGAGCCCAUGGGCUCCCUGAUCGACACCAAGGGGAACAAGAUCGCCGGGUUCGACUCCAUCGAUAAGAAACAGGGCCUGCAGGUGUCCUCGAAGCAGAAGGUGUCCCCGUGGGACCUGUUCGAGGGCCAGAAGACGCCGGCGCUGUCCUGGGCCUGGUUCGGCACGGUGCGCGUGGAGCGCAGGGUGGCGCGGCCCGAGGAGCAGCACCACCUCCUGCUCUACCACACGCACCCCCCGCCCAGGCCCCGCAGCUACUACCUCGAGCCCCCGCCGCUGCCCCCCGACGACGACGACGAGGACCCCGCGUCGCCCGUGUCCCAGGAGCCCGAGCGCAAGUCGGCCGAGCUGUCGGACCCGGGCCGGGGGGCCGCCGACGAGGAGAAGAAGACCAAGGGCAGGAAGCGCAAGGCCAAGUCGGGCCCCCGAGGAGACGAGUACGCGCAGAGCAGCCUGUACCGCGUGCCCCCCAGCUACACGCCCGUCUCCUCGCAGAUGGUGCCCCACCCGCAGUCGGCCCUGUGGGGCUACAACCUCAUGGGGCAGCCGUCGCAGCCUGGCUUCUUCCUGCAGAGCCCGUCGCUGAGCGCAGGUGGCUCCCGGCUGGACCCCGCGAGCUCCUUCGUGCCCAGCAACACCAAGCAGGCGCUGUCCAACAUGCUGCAGCGGCGCUCGGGGGCCGGGCUGCAGCCCCCCGCCCUGCACGCGCUCGCCUCGCAGCAGCAGCUGCUGCACAUGAAGCUCCUGCAGCAGCAGCGGCUCCUCCGCCAGGCGCAGGCGCGGCCCUUCCAGCAGGCCCAGCCGGGGGACCAGGCUGCUCUCUUCGCCGCGCAGGCCCGGCCCUCCCCUCAGCCCCCCCAGUACCCGGGGCUGCAGCAGACGCAGACGGUGCCCCAGGGCUACACCAUGUACGGGACGCAGAUGCCCCUGCAGCCGACCCCGCCGCUGCAGGCCGGGAGCGUGGUGCUGUCCCCGGGCUACGGCUGCAGACCCUACCCGGCCCCGCACUCCGGCCCGGCGCUCCUGGAGCGGUUCCGCCAGCUGCGGCAGCCCGGCAGCUACACACCCCAGCAGGCCUCGCCCUACCUGCAGCCCGCGCCCGGCUCCCAGAGACUGAACCACCAGUCCCUGCAGCAGAGCCCGCUGCUGGACGCGGGUAUGGACGCCGUGCUGCCCCCAGCGCACCCCAGCCUGCCCCCUGGCCCCCUGCCUCAGGACCCCAUGAGGCCUCGGCAGUCACAGGUGCGACCCCAGCCAAGGCUCCUCCAGAUGCAGCAGGCGCAGCCGCUCCCCCAGCCGCCCGCGCAGCCCCAGGGCCAGUCCCUGGGGCUCCAGCCGAUGUCCUCCCAGCAGCCUCUGUUCCCCCGGCAGGACCUGCAGCAGACACAGCAGCAGCAGCAGACAGCGGCCCUGGUGCGCCAGCUCCAGAAGCAGCUCUCCAGCAACCAGCAAGGAGUGACCCCGUACGGGCACCCGUCACACUUCUGAGCCCGGAGGGACGAGGACCAGUCAUGGCGCAUGUGUUUGCACUGACACCUAGAAAAGCCACGUCCAGGCACCCGUCACCCUGCAGACUGGCCCUGUGUUCCUUCUGUCGGCCUGUCCCGACCCUCCGUGCCGCCUCUCGAGCCAAGGCCGUGACAGCAGGGAGCAGCGGGGGCCGCAGAGAGUGGGGGGAAGGGGAGGGCGCAGAGAGCCGGGGGCCGGCGCGGUUUUGCUCUUCGUUGCACUUGACCUCAGAGGAGGUUCAGAAUGUGAUCCUGCCCGCCUUCUCCGGGAAGAGAUUGGUAGCUUUUGAAACCGGUGCUUUUUUUUUUUUUUGGUUGUUUUUUUUUUUUUCAAUUUCAUCGCUAUAGGAAGAAUUAUGAAUUUAAAAUAUUUAUUCACGAAUGAUUGUUUUUCCAAACUGUGCCAGACCAAACUACUGAUCUGAAUGGCCUGUCAGUCCCUGACCAGACACACAACCCUGUAUUUAUUCCACGAGCCCCGUGGGCGAGAAACUAGACCCUGUCCACAAGCUGCUCGCCCUGAAAUGUUCGUAACCGCAGAAGCACUUCACAGACCUCUUAUUCUGGGAUUUUUUUUUUCCUUUGUGUGUGUGUGUGGUCAAAGGGUGCUGAACCAGAUUGUUACUUCAGCCCUGCUCCUUCCCCGUGGAUGCUUCUGGGACAUCCCUCUCCUUGGACAAGCCCCUUAACCCUCACGUUUGUCUGCAGUGACAAGGUCCUGGCCAGAGGCUUUUCACGGAGAGACUUGUAAAUCCUAAAGGCCAGAAAGCACCACGGGAAAAUCGUCGCCGUGACCCGUUGCCAGGUUUUGGCCAAAAUGACGACCCCAUUUGGGUUCGCUCGGACCUCAUGCAAGAACUGAGUGUGUAUCACGGGCCUCAACCCACCCAGCGGGUCCCCUGGGACUUCACCUGGUUUUCAGGGGGCCUGGCCCCUAAGUUCAGAGUCUCUGGUUUUCAUAAAAGAUGUAUUUGCUGUUUAUUUUGUAUGGUAAGUAUUUGCUAUUUUGAAUUUGAUUCUUGUUGGUGUCAGUCUUGGUUGUGGAUGGCAAAUACCGUAUUUAUAAAUGGGUGCAGGAAAAGCACAAGUAAAUUAUACAUCAGAUUUAUUAUAAAGAAAUAGUAACUAUUUUAACUUUGUUCAAGUAUGUGGUAAUUUGCUCCUCUUAGAGUUUAAAAAAAAUACAGUAAAUUAUUAUCAGUUUGUGUAACUUAAGAGUAUUCCAUAUAAUAUUUUUUUAGAUUUAGAUGCAUAAGAUUUUGAAUGUGAAAAUUGCAGGGCCUUUUCAAACACAUGUGGGGGAUAUUUUCCCAUGUUCUGUGUUCGAUCAUUUCCUUUGACCAUAUGGUUUUACACGUAAUGUAGUCGGGCAUACUGUGAAUAGAUUUGUCUGUAAUGAGCAAACCAUGUUAGAACUACCUUUUUAAAAAACAAAAACAAAACAAAAAAAACGAAAAACAAAAACCGAAGCUAGUACAAACUUCAGGCGAUCAUUUCUUCUGCAGACCAUCGUCUAACCUCUCUCUCUCCUGAGUCCCUCAUCGCAAAGUUUGCCUCCUGCAAACGACCUCAAGGCAAAGCCCCGUCUGCUUCUGUGCCGCAGCCUCCCCGCGGCUGGCUUUGCCCACUGUGAGCCUGUCCCCCCAGCCCCACCACUUCCUGUUUACUCUGGGCUGGGAACGACUUUGCCAAAACAUCCAAGACCAUCUCUUUUUUCACUCCAUGAACAGAUUCUUGCCCUUGUUGGCUGAUUUGGUAGAUCAGGUAUUCCCCACCCCCCCCACACACACCCCCACCCGCCUCCCCUGCCCUGCGGUCCCCUCAAAUCCGAUGUAGCCAGGUUCUUAGGAAAUUUCUCUUCCCCACCCAAGUCCUGUUCAUCCAUCUCAUGACGGCCUUGGCAGAACCACCGAACCGCAAAUGUUGUGCCUGGUGCCCGCAUGGUCUCCGUCCUGGUGGUGGCUCUCUUUCCCGGAAUGACAGGGGGGGUCUCACGGGUCACUUUUUCCGUCGGAACCAUCCAUUUUUGUAGCUCCGUCUUGCAGACGGCAGUCAAGCUGUCUCGAGAAUGAUUGUGGCCAUAGCAUAGCAUUUGUACGCACUUUAUAUUUUUGCAGUUAAUUUAUUAGUCCUUUUGCACAUGAAUGCUGUGGGGUACGCCCUUCAUUGUGUUUUAUCUUUUUUUUGGGGGGGGGUAGGGGGUAGGUGAAGAAGUUAAGUCUCAAUGUGGCUAAUUCGGACUCCAUGGCAAGUUGAGAAAGUUGCUUUCCCACUGAAAGCCACUGAAAUCUGUCUCCUAGUCUUCCAUCUCUCCUCCCACUUAGCCCGCGAAGGAAGAAGAGGUUUCUUUUCUCAACAGACGAGCAUUCAAAUGAUGCCAGCGGGGAGGAAGCCCCGUGUCGGGGCUGAGCUAGCCUUUGAGCACUGGAAGGAGGCUUAGAAACGGGCAGGGCUGCACCUCAGUCUUUGCUUACGCUGUGAGCCCCCCGGUCAGGCCCUCUCGGGGAGUGUCCUCGCCUCCUGCGGCCCUCAGCAGCAGCGGGCAGUCACAUUGGGUCAGAUGGGCCUGGCCAGUUGGUGCUGUGGGCCGUGGCGUUGGUGUGGUGUGCGUGCCGAGUUGAGCCCACAAGCCCGGUGGCAUUUUCUCUACUCUUCCCUGAAGACCCCCUAGGUUUCUUCUCCAGUAAUAGGCGAAGGCCUAACCAGAUGCCGGAGAAACAGCACUGGCCAGCCCCAGCCGAGCACGGCGCCCCCUCAUUUCAUUCAGGUUGAAUUAAGCCUGUCACUGAAGAAGCGAGGUCAGUGAACUGCAGGGAGGAACCACCACUUUUGUGUGGCCGAGGGAAGCAACAGUACCUCCGUGCAGGUCUGAGAUGCAGAUUCUUCUAAAGCUUUUCCUGGCAUCAAGGAUUAACCUUUAGUAAAACCAAAAAUAAUAAUAAUAAUAAUAAAAUGCUCACAGAGCAUUGAUGACCGCAAAACAACUUUCCCCAUUCACAGCUCCAGACCCCGGGGUACUUGAGCAAGACAAGGCAGCUGUAGAAAGAUUCCACUGUAGCGUUAAAGGCAUGACUCUUCGGGGGGGCGCAGAUGAGUCAGCCCACCAGAUGGUGCAGGCGUUGGCUAGCCACCGGCCUGCAUUUGUUUUGAAAUGCAGUUAUCAAAUUUUUGUUUUCCUCCCCACCAGUGAACACGUUGUGUGUGUGCAAAUCAGUGAUCCUUAGCUCCAACCGUCCCGUGAUAUCACUUUCCCUCUAGGUUUGAGUAAAAGUAUUUAUAAACCAGCCCCAAGCAUUUAUCCAAGACUGCAAAUCAGCCCCCCCACCCUCCGCCCCGUUCCGUCCUGUUCCGCCCCGCCCUGGGGUCGCUAGGGGAGCACCAGGAAGCGGGGAGUGGAAGUAGUACAUUCUCGGAGAAUCCGGGUACAGCCAGCCUUUUAUUCCGUGGUGGGACCGUCUCCAUGUUCCUUGUUCUUUGUUGGCAAAAUAAAAAGUGCCUUAAGUUCAAAAGUUUUGUUCUGAGACCCACUCAAGAAGUCAGUAUCCGUUCACCAAGCGUUUCUUUGCCACUUUCUUUUGCAUGUCCAUGGUGGAUUUGAUAUUGUAAAUGUCUUCAACUUCAUGUAUAUGCCUAUGGCUGCCUUUGAUUAAAACUUCUUCCAAAA